CGCUUUUCUUCUUCUUCCUCUUCUUCUUCUCUUCCUUUCUCCUGUUCCGCCAUGAGAUCAAGUCUCGAAUUGACCCUCUGGCAGGAUCGUGAGACUGGCUGAUGGACUAGUCGCUGCAUCGUGGGCUGCCGGGGUGAACUGACUACUACUACUACUACUACUUCUACUUACUAUUCUUAACCUGUCCGUUUCUUUCCUCCGCUCGUUUCACUUCGCGCCUGUCGGGCAAACUCGCCCUCUUCACUCGUUCACUCGUUCACCACAGCGCUUAUCCUCUCGUUUCUUUUUUUUUCUCUUCAUUUCCGCCAGCCUUAUCUACAAUCCUCGCCCCUGACUCGGUCUUCGACUGCGCCUGUUCGUUCUUCAUCCAUCGACAAAUGUCCAGCGGGAACUGGGGUUUAUCAGCUCGUGGCCAUGGUCACAGGAAAUGGAGACUUUCGAUAUCCGCCCCUUGCAGGCGCGCAUGAUAUCCCCAGCCGUCGCAGGAUCCCGAACCCUCCCCGCCUGGAUCCUCUAAGACUUAAUCCUCCCUUUCCGCGCCCCUCGACCGCCGACGGCGUUCGUCCUCCUCCUCCCCACCAUCCUCCUCCGCCUCCAGUCCCUCGAUCCCCACGACUUCAGCCUCCGUUUGUACCUGCAGGAGAGUCAUGGCGCUCCCCGUCCCCUUACGGCCGAGAUGAUGACGAUGAGUUCAUCAUCCGCAAACCCGCCAGCCGUACCCCCACAUUCCCUGUGUCGCCCAGUCGCCGUCCAGUAUAUGCUCCAAGAGAGGCCGACAUGGAGCGUCAACCUCCUCGGAAGAAUCCGCCAGGCGCACCCGGACUGCGCAUUUCCAUGUCCACCUCCAAAUUACACAGCCGGCGUCCAAGACCCCAUCACUCCCGGGAACGGUACGGAGAUGACUCGUAUGGAUUGCCAAUGCCUCGCAUCGUGCCUCCGGGCAGCUAUGUGGACUCGCACGGGCAAGAUGCACUCCGCUCCAGUGUCAACUCUGCCAUGACCUCGCGGUCCAGUAUCGAGCAUGCGAGCGGAACGGAGCGCAGCAGCGUCCUCACCAAGAGCAGCUCGAUCACCGACUUGUCUCCUGACACCCCCGACGGUCCAUAUGAGAAAGAUGGCGGCAUGAGUGUGGAGGAUGCUAUAUCCAUGUAUCUCGACGGCUUUAGCGAUGUGACAGAGGAGCCAGGAUCUCCGGGGCUGUAUGAUGACGGAGGGUUUUAUGAUGACGACAAAGCCAGACCGUGGAGUCCACGCCCGCCUACUGAAAUGACGUUCGACGACGGCCACACUUCUGAUGAGCAUUCGCCCGACUUGGAUCCCACCGAGGAUCUUCCACCCGUGCCGCCGCUUCCAGAGCUGGAUGCACCUGUGCGAGGGUCCCUGGGCGAACGGUAUGACAGCGAUGUGAUGCCGGAGGAGCCAUUGGAAGAAGUACUGGAAGAGCCACCGAACGAGCCGUCAUUGAAAUCCCCCUCCCCGCGUGAACGUCAAGAAACCACGGUGGUCCUGCCCGGGGAGGUGCCUCCGGCCUUACUCCCGGGCCUGGGCCCUCGUGACCGGUACGGAUUCCGGAAAGCGACUCACCAUGUGACUCUAGAACAGUAUGAGGCAUGGCAUAGCUCUUACUCCGACUUUGCAGCCACCCGGCGAAUCAAGUGGGUGGAACUGCUCCGAGAGAACCGUCUGCCAGUCACGGAUCCGAUGUCCUUCCCGCCAAAGUCGAACAAGGUCAAGCGGAUUGUGCGCAAGGGCAUCCCGUCGGAGUACCGGGGCGCGGCCUGGUUUUUCUACGCCGGGGGAUACGAGCACCUGAACCGGAACCCUGGGCUCUACGACCAGCUGGUCCGGCAGGCGAUGGAGUCCCCGAGCAACGACGACAAGGAGCACAUUGAACGCGACUUGCACCGAACGUUUCCAGACAACAUCCACUUCAAACCCGAAUCGGCCGACCAGUUCGGAGGUGCUGGCGCUGGCGCUGGCGCUGGCAGCAGCAACCCGAAGCAUGCGUCCGUCACGGUCGAGACGCAGAUGAUCCAAUCUCUGCGCCGCGUGCUGUAUGCAUUUGCAGUGCACAACCCACAGAUCGGAUACACGCAGUCGCUCAACUUCAUCACGGGGAUGCUGCUUCUGUUCCUGCCGGAAGAGAAGGCAUUCUGGAUGCUGCACAUCAUCAGCUCGGUGUAUCUCCCGAGCACGCAUGAGAUCAGCCUGGAGGGCGCCAACAUCGAUCUGUGGAUCCUGAUGGUUCUGCUCAAGGAGACGUCGCCGCACGUGUAUAACAAGAUUGCGGGCAGCGGGCUCGGCGGGGGCUCGCGGGCCCCGGCGCUGACGGUAACGUCGCGUCUGCCCGAUAUCACGCUGGGGCUGACGAACUGGCUCAUGUCGGUGUUCAUCGGGACGUUGCCUUUGGAGACGACGCUGCGCGUGUGGGAUGUAUUCUUCUAUGAAGGGUCCAAGACGUUCUUCCGGGUGUCGUUGGCCAUCUUCAAGGCGUGCGAGCGGGAGAUUAUGGCCGUGUCCGAUCCGAUGGAGGUGUUCCAGGUGGUGCAGGCGGUUCCGAAGAAGUUGCUGGAUGCCAACGCACUGUUGGAUGACUGUUUCAUUCGACGGCACCGGGUUGGGCAGGGGCGCAUCGACGAGUUGAGAGCAGCGCGACGGGCGGCGGUGCGACACGAGAACAUGCGGCGGUCGCGAGCAUGGAACAAGGGCCAGAUCCAGGCGGCGACGGACGAGUGGCCCGGUCGAUCGCGCACGCCCAUCCCCGGCAUCGAGCGCAAGAUUGGCGAUUCGUGGCGGCACAUGCGGAACCAUGCAUUUCGAUAGGAGGAGCGAUGUCUUUAUUGAUACCCCAGCAGCAGCUUGUUUGUUUCGUGUUAGUUCAGCCGGCCCUCAUGCCUGUACCAUACUCUCUCCAUCUGGAUCUUUUAAUCUUUAAUGGCCGACGCGUCGAGCAUCGUCGAUGGUCAAGUGGUCAAGGGGUCUCGCAUGCGUGCGGGGAUGGCUGACGACCUGACGAUGUUACAUGUACAUACAUACCUCCAUAGAAAUAUCUACGAGUGAC